CACCGACCCACCGGCCGCAGCCGAGCAGCCAGGCCUCGCACCCCGCCUCGGCGCCCCAGGCUGGGCCCCGCGGUUCGUGACCCGGUCGCGGCGGGCCCGGGACAGUGUGCCUGGCCUCGCUCGCGGCUCAUCGCCCGGCAAGUUUGCACGAUGAUCACAGUCAACCCCGAUGGGAAGAUAAUGGUCAGAAGAUGCCUGGUCACCCUGAGACCCUUCCGGCUUUUUGUCCUGGGCAUUGGCUUCUUCACAUUGUGUUUCCUGAUGACAUCUCUGGGAGGCCAGUUCUCAGCCCGGCGCCUGGGAGACUCACCCUUCACCAUCCGCACAGAAGUGAUGGGUGGCCUGGAGUCCCGCGGGGUGCUCCGCAAGAUGAGUGACCUACUGGAGCUGAUGGUGAAGCGCAUGGACACGCUGGCCAGGCUGGAGAACAGCAGUGAGCUGCACAGGGCCGUCGGCGACGGGCACUUUGCUGUGGACAGGUCCUCCCCCAGCGCCAGCCUCAUGGAGCGGAUCCAGGCCAUCGCCCAGAACGUGUCUGACAUUGCGGUGAAGGUGGACCAGAUCCUGCGCCACAGUCUGCUCCUGCACAGCAAGGUGUCUGAAGGCCGGCAGGACCAGUGUGAGGCACCCAGUGACCCCCAGUUCCCUGAUUGCCCAGGGAAGGUGGAGUGGAUGCGAGCCCGCUGGACCUCCGACCCCUGCUACGCCUUCUUCGGGGUGGAUGGCACUGAGUGCUCCUUCCUCAUCUACCUCAGUGAGGUUGAGUGGUUUUGCCCUCCGCUGCCCUGGAGGAACCAGACGGCUGCCCAGACUGCCCCCAAAGCCCUCCCCAAAGUCCAGGCAGUUUUCCGGAGCAACCUGUCCCACCUCCUGGACCUGGUGGGCAGCGGGAAGGAGUCUCUCAUCUUUAUGAAGAAGCGGAUCAAGCGGCUCACUGCCCAGUGGGCCCUGGCUGCCCAGCGCUUGGAGCGGAAGCUGGGGGGCACGCGGAGGGACCAGAAGCAGAUCCUCAUCCACAUUGGGUUCCUGACAGAGGAGACCGGGGACGUGUUCAGUCCACGGGUGCUGAAGGGCGGGCCCCUGGGGGAGAUGGUGCAGUGGGCAGACAUCUUGGCGGUGCUCUACGUCCUGGGCCACGGUCUGCGCAUCACCGUCUCCCUGAAGGAGCUACAGAGUAAUUUAGGGGUGCCGCCUGGCCGGGGGAACUGCCCACUCACUGUGCCCCUGCCGUUCGACCUCAUCUACACGGACUACCAUGGCCUGCAGCAGAUGAAGCAGCACAUGGGCCUGUCCUUCAGGAAGUACCGGUGCCGAAUCCGGGUCAUCGACACCUUUGGAACGGAGCCUGCGUACAACCAUGAGGAGUACGCCACGCUGCACGGCUACCGGACCAACUGGGGCUACUGGAACCUCAACCCCAAGCAGUUCAUGACCAUGUUCCCUCACACCCCGGACAACUCCUUCAUGGGCUUCGUGUCCGAGGAGCUCAACGAGACAGAGAAGCAGCUCAUCAGGGGCAGCAAGGCCAGCAACAUGGCCGUGGUGUACGGCAAGGAGCCAGGCAUCUGGAAGCUCCAGGGGAAGGAAAAGUUCCUGAGCAUCCUGAACAAGUACAUGGAGAUCCAUGGCACUGUGUAUUAUGAGAGCCAGCGGCCCCCCGAGGUCCCAGCCUUUGUGAAGAACCACGGCCUCCUCCCCCAGCCUGAGUUCCAGCAGCUGUUGCGCAAGGCCAAACUCUUCAUAGGGUUUGGCUUCCCCUACGAGGGCCCUGCCCCGCUGGAGGCCAUCGCCAACGGCUGCAUCUUUCUGCAGUCCCGCUUCAGCCCACCCCACAGCUCUCUCAACCAUGAGUUCUUCAGAGGCAAGCCCACUUCCCGAGAGGUGUUCUCCCAGCACCCCUACGCAGAGAACUUCAUUGGCAAGCCGCACGUGUGGACCGUCGACUACAACAACUCGGAGGAGUUUGAAGCAGCCAUCAAGACCAUCAUGAGGACACAGGUAGACCCCUACCUGCCCUAUGAGUACACUUGUGAAGGGAUGCUGGAGCGGAUCCACGCCUACAUCCAGCACCAGGACUUCUGUGCAGCCCCAGGCCCCUCCCCAGCGGGGGCCCGCGCCCCACAGAGCCCAUUUGUCCUGGCACCCAAUGCUACCCACCUGGAGUGGGCAAGGAAUGCCAGUGUGGCCCCUGGGGCCUGGCCCCCAGGGUACUCGCUCCAGGCCUGGCUGGCCGAGGCAGGGAGGGCCUGCACGGAUGCCUGCCUGGACCACGGGCUGGUCUGCGAGCCCUCCUUCUUCCCCUUCCUCAACAGCCAGGAUGCGUUCCGGAAGCUGCGGGUGCCAUGUGACAGCACGGAGUCCGAGAUGAACCACCUGUACCCGGCCUUCGCCCAGCCUGGCCAGGAGUGCUACCUGCAGAAGGACCCCCUGCUCUUCAGCUGCGCCGGCGCCAGCACCAAGUACCGCCGGCUUUGUCCCUGCCGUGACUUCCGCAAGGGCCAGGUGGCGCUGUGCCAGGCCUGCCUGUGAGGCCCUCGGCCCCUGCGGCCCAGGAGAAAGCACCAGCAGAUACAGAGCUCCAGCGAUGACGACGUCCCCUCCCCUGUCUCCCCCAGAAUGGAGCCUCCAUCCUCAGCAGAGGGAUGGGCACAGGCGGAGGGGGAGGCGAUGAAUCGAGUCCCUGGUACCCACCUUGGGCCAGGCCCCUCCUUGUCCUCUGGGGACUCAUGGCCAUGGUGGUCAGGCAGAUGUGGGUUUGGUCUGAGGAUCUUGCCGGCCCCAGGAGCUGGUCCUGGAGGCCCUGUAGUUGUACACGGUUAGAUAUGGACCAAAGGGGAGAGGCCCCAGAUGAAUUACAGGAGGAGGGAGCAGGGGCCCUGCUUGCCCUGUGGUCCUCAGCACCCGAGGAGCAGGAAAAGCAGGCCUGCUCACUUGGAAACCCUGGUGGCAUAGUGGUUAAAUGUUCAGGCUGCUAACCAAAAGGUCAGCAGUUCAAAUCUACCAGGUGCUCCUUGGAAACUCUAUGGGGCAGUUCUACUCUGUCCUUGAGGGUCACUAUGAGUCAGACCACCAGGUGUUCCUUGGAAACUCUGUGGGGCAGUUCUACUCUGUCCUUGAGGGUCACUAUGAGUCAGAUUCGACUUGAUGGCAGUGGGGUAGGUGGGGCCUCACUUGUCUGGGGGGCGGCACUCUGGGGGGCACGCCUCCUGCUAGCAGAGCGUUGUAUGCAGGUCAGUCUUGGCCCUCUGGAGGUGUCUGGGGUGUGGACCAAGAGUGCUGGGCUGGGGGCAGGGGAGCCCAGGGACCCUGUUCAUGCCUCCUCUCAGCCCCAGCCCCAUUUUUCACCUCCCCCCUGCCCCCAGCUUCCUCUCCUCUCUAUGCACCAGGCCCUGGGUGCAAUUGUUUCUAUCAUGCUUGUUCCAGCUCUUUACUGUGGGCGUCUCCUGAAACCAGUCUCCUGAAACCAGCCCGGCAUGACCCGCCAUUCCAGACCAUAGAUUUACUUCUAAAGCCUCAGUCCAACCCCUCCACAGGGACAGGUUUCUACUCCAGCCUCCGAGAACAGACCCCGGAAUCCCACCUGGGGUGUUGCCCUACCCAGGCCCCCCUGCAGGUGCUGACUCCCCCCACCAGCAUCUUUGGGGCAAAGGCCUGGGCCUUGAGCUGUAGACCCUGGUGGGGCGCCCCUCCCCUCAAUGCUUCCUCCAGCCUCAAACCACCCCCUUGAUCCACCGUCCAUCUCCUAGCCUACCCUAGGACACUCCCUCUCCCCACUGCCCACACCCAGAGCCCCGCCCGGUGCCAGGCCAGGCCUCAGAACACUGCCACACCCCCAGGUUUUAUAAGCCCACCCGCUCUCCUGUCACCCCUCGCCCUGCCACCUGUGCCUGCCUCUCAGUCCUUCCAGAAGGCAGCACCAGGACUGAUUACUGGGAGAGGGAAGCAAGACCCCGCUGGGGGGCUAAAGUGGAAUACAUGCCACCGGGGAGCCCGCUCUUGGCCUGGGUGGCCCUGUGGUUGAAGAAACCUGUUGGCAGCAAGAAACGGAUCAUACCCGGGGCCCGACCUGCCGGGGAAAGCAAUAGAGACACUCUUUUCUCUCUCUUUUUUAAAGAAAUAAUAAAUAUUUUACUGGAA